AUGACAACCUCAGACUGACUCUAAUGCACUCUCGGUUCUGGACGGGGGGAGGAGGGUCGGGACCGGCCACACACACACAUACACACACACACACACACACUCACACACACACUAUCUGGCUGUCCGUCGGUGGAGUGUGUGUCGUCCAUGACCGUGUGUUUUAGUUGCAAGAAAGAAGAGAAGAGAAAAGCCGCCACAUCCUCUCGGCUCUCGGAAGAGGUCCAUCAACAUCAGCGCCAAUGGAGCUCCUAUGCGGCCGCGAGCUGCCAUUCUGGCCCAAUCUCACGCUGCACUCGGACCGGCCCGAUCUCCCAGAAUGCUUCCAGCUGUCGGUCCUGCCCUGGGCUCCCUGCAUCUACCUGUGGGUCACCUCGCCUUUCUACAUCCUCUACCUGCGGAGGAACAGCAGGGGAUACAUCAUGAUGUCUGUGUUAAACAGAAUCAAAACGGCUCUUGGCUUGAUAUUGUGGAUAGUAUGCUGGACAGACCUGUUUUCUUCAUUUCAUGAGAUGAACCAGGAUCACAUUAUACCUCCAAUAUAUUUUGUUACACCUUUAAUAGUCGGCAUGACGAUGUUGCUAGCCACGUUCCUGAUCCAGUUCGAGAGGCUGCGAGGAGUGCAGUCGUCCGGUGUGCUCUUCAUAUUCUGGACCAUCUCAGUGUUGUGUGCCAUUGUGCCUUUCCGGUCCAAAAUCCUGCAUGCCAAACAAGAGAACGAGGUCAGAGACAAGCUGAGGUUCACAACGUUCUACAUGUACUUCGGCCUCAUCCUGACUGAACUGAUCCUGUCCUGCUUCAACGAGAAGCCCCCUCUCUUCUCCAGGGCCGGCACAGACCCUAAUGUGUGUCCAGAAACGACUGCCGGAUUCCUCUCAAAAAUGACCUUUUGGUGGUUUACAAGUAUGGCCAUUAAAGGCUACAAGUCUCCGCUGGAGAAUAAAGACCUGUGGUCCCUGAACCAGCAGGACAGCUCAGCGCUGGUGGUCCCCAGUCUGCUCAACCAAUGGGAGGUGGAGAAAGCCAAAGCGCUGAGUGAGCAGAGCGUGAAGGACCAGGCCGCGUUCACGAAAGCGGACGGCGGCGCUGAAACGAACCACGUGGGUCCCGAGGAGGCGCAGGUUCUGCUGACCCCGCGGAAGGAGUCCCGGCAGCCCUCGUUCCUGCGGGCGCUGCUCCGCGCCUUCGGGCCCUACUUCCUCAUCGGCUCCGCCUACAAACUCCUGCAGGACCUCAUCACCUUCGUCAACCCGCAGCUGCUCAGGAUGUUGAUUGACUUCACCAAGAACACGCACGCGCCGCUGUGGUGGGGUUACGCGCUGGCCUUCCUGAUGUUCGGCACUUCCCUCUUACAGACCCUCAUCUUGCAUCAGCACUUUCAGUACUGCUUUGUCACGGGCAUGAGGCUUCGCUCUGCGAUCAUCGGAGCCAUCUACAGGAAGUCUCUAGUGAUCACGAACGCAGCCAAGCGCUCGUCUACGGUGGGCGAGGUGGUCAAUCUGAUGUCUGUGGACGCUCAGCGCUUCAUGGAUCUCACCACCUUCCUCAACAUGCUGUGGUCAGCGCCGCUGCAGAUCAUCCUGGCGCUCUUCUUCCUGUGGCAGAACCUGGGUCCGUCGGUGUUGGCUGGUGUGGCCGUGAUGGUUCUGCUGAUCCCAUUCAACGCUUUCAUCGCCAUGAAGACCAGAACUUACCAGGUGGAGCAGAUGAAACACAAGGACGACCGCAUCAAGCUGAUGAACGAGAUCCUCAACGGCAUCAAGGUGUUGAAGCUCUACGCCUGGGAGACCUCCUUCAAGGAGAAGAUCCUGGCCAUCCGACAGAAGGAGCUGAAUGUGCUGAAGAAGACGGCCUACCUCAGCGCUCUGUCCACCAUGGCCUGGACCAGCGCGCCCUUCCUGGUGGCCUUGACCACGUUUGCUGUCUAUGUGACAGUGGAUGAAGAAAACGUCUUGGAUGCGGAGAAGGCCUUCGUGUCCUUGUCUCUGUUCAACAUCUUGAGAUUCCCGCUGAACAUGCUUCCACAAGUCAUCAGCAGCAUCGUACAAGCCAGCGUGUCUCUGAAGCGCAUCCAGGAUUUCCUGAGUCACGAUGAACUGGAUCCAGAGAAUGUGGACAGAAGAAACAACGCCUCCGAAUAUGCCGUGACGGUUGUCAAUGGGAAAUUCGCAUGGGCCAAACAAGACCAGGUCACUCUCGACAACAUUAAUGUGCUGGUGCCUCAGGGCUCUCUGCUGGCGGUGGUGGGUCACGUGGGCUGUGGGAAGACCUCACUGGUGUCGGCUCUACUGGGAGAGAUGGUGAAGCUCGAGGGCCAGAUCUCCAUACGGGGAUCGGUGGCGUAUGUCCCACAGCAGGCCUGGAUCCAGAACGCCUCUCUCAGGGACAACAUCCUCUUCGGAAGACCGUACGAGGAGCAGAAGUACAGGUGUGUGCUGGAGGCCUGCGCGCUGACCCCUGACCUGGAAGUGCUUCCUGGAGGAGACCAGACCGAGAUCGGGGAGAAGGGCAUUAAUCUGUCCGGAGGCCAGAGGCAGAGAGUGAGCUUGGCUCGAGCGCUGUACAGUGAGGCUGAUGUGUUUCUGCUGGAUGACCCUCUGUCUGCGGUCGACGCUCAUGUUGCCAAACACAUCUUUGAUAAGGUCAUCGGGCCUGACGGCGCUCUCAAGGGAAAGACGCGUGUGCUGGUGACGCACGGCAUCAGCUUCCUCCCUCAGGUGGACAACAUCCUGGUCCUGGUGGACGGGGGCGUGUCCGAGGCGGGGUCCUAUCAGGAGCUGCUCCAGCAGAACGGGGCCUUCGCCGAGUUCCUCAGGAACUACUCGCUCGAUGACAUCAUCGAGGACCAGGAGGAGCUCACACUGUCGUUGGUUGACGAAGAGGAGGACUUCCCUGACGAUGCUCUCAGUAAUCACACAGAUAUGGUGGAUAACGAGCCUGUUGUGAACGAGGCCCGCAGAAAGUUCAUGAGGCAGAUCAGUGUCAUGUCGAAUGAUCCGGAAAACCCAAAGAAAAUGUCCCGGCGCCGGCGCUGCAGUGAGAGAAAACACCCCGAGCCACCGCUGGAGAAGGAGGAGAAGAAGGAGAACAAGCUGAUCCAGGCGGAGACCACUGAGACCGGGCGGGUAAAGCUGAAGGUGUACUGGGAGUACAUGAAGGCUGUGGGCCCUCUCCUCUCGCUCUUCAUCUGCUUCCUGUACGGCUGUCAGAGCGCCGCUGCGAUCGGGGCCAACUUCUGGCUCAGCGAGUGGACCAACGACGCGCAGCUCAACCGGACGCAGGCGCGCGUGGAGAUGAGGGUCGGCGUGUACGCAGCGCUGGGUCUUUCUCAAGGUGUGCUGAUUCUGGCCAACGCUUUACUGUGCCGGGCGUACAGCACACUGAAGGCGGCCCGCCACACACACCAGCACAUGCUCCAGGCCAUCCUGAGCGCGCCACAGGCCUUUUUCGAGGCCACCCCCUCAGGCCGGGUCCUGAACCGCUUCAGCAAAGACGUGGACACUAUAGACUCGCUCAUUCCAGACAAUAUUGAUAUCUGGAUGCGCACUUUCUGGUACACAGUAAAUGUGCUGCUCGUUUGCUCUGUCCUCACCCCUAUGUUCCUCAUAGUCAUAGUGCCGUUAAUGCUGUUCUAUUGGUGGGUCCAGAGGUUUUAUGUGGCCACGUCUCGUCAGCUUAAGAGGCUGGAGUCUGUCAGUAGGUCUCCUAUAUAUUCUCAUUUCUCGGAGACCAUCACGGGCACGAGCGUGAUCCGCGCGUACGGGCGCCACGGCGCCUUCGUUCUCAUGAGCGAUAUGAAAGUGGAUGAGAACCAAAAGAGUUACUAUCCUGGUAUCGUCUCCAACAGGUGGUUGGGGGUUCGGAUCGAGUUUAUCGGGAACUGUAUUGUGUUGUUUGCUGCUCUGUUCGCUGCGGUCGGGAAAGAUAAACUGAGUCCUGGUCUGGUGGGUCUGUCAGUGUCCUACGCUCUACAGGUCACGAUGUCCCUUAACUGGAUGGUGAGGAUGACCUCUGACCUUGAGAGCAACAUAGUAGCGGUGGAAAGAGUGAAGGAGUAUUCAGAAACACCGACUGAGGCUCCAUGGGUCGUGCAGGACAAGCGCCCGCCGCCGGACUGGCCGCCCGAGGGAAACGUGGAGUUCGUGGAUUACAGCGUGAGAUAUCGAGAAGGACUGGACCUGGUGCUGAAGAACGUCUCUCUGAAGGUCAAGGGAGGAGAGAAGAUCGGCAUCGUGGGAAGGACGGGAGCCGGGAAGUCGUCGAUGACUCUGUGUUUGUUUCGUCUGCUGGAAGCGGCGGGCGGAGAGAUCGUGAUCGACGAGGUGAAGAUCUCGGAGAUCGGCCUUCAUGACCUGCGAUCCAAACUCACCAUCAUCCCUCAGGAGCCGGUUCUCUUCUCUGGGACUCUGCGGAUGAACCUUGACCCCUUUGAUAAAUACAGUGAUGAGGAACUGUGGAAAGCUCUGGAACAGUCUCAUCUGAAGAAGUUUGUGAGCAGUCAGGCUUUAAAGCUGGACCUGGAGUGCUCUGAGGGAGGAGAGAACCUCAGUGUGGGUCAGAGGCAGCUGGUGUGUUUGGCUCGAGCUCUGCUGAGGAAGACGAGGAUCCUGGUUCUAGAUGAAGCAACAGCCGCUGUGGAUCUGGAGACGGACGACCUGAUCCAGUCCACCAUCCGCACACAGUUCGAGGACUGCACCGUGUUCACCAUCGCCCACAGACUCAACACCAUCAUGGACUACACCAGAGUGCUUGUCCUGGAUAAGGGUCAGAUCGCAGAGUUCGACACGCCGUCCGCUCUCAUCGGGCAGAAAGGAAUAUUCUUCGGCAUGGCUAAAGAUGCCGGUCUGGUGUGAGGCGUCGUGUAACACACACCGCUGUGCCUUGGCUCACUCUCACACACUGAAUGUGUGCAUCCAGGAUCUGUGUUUGUUUUAUACAUGAAUUAUGUUUUCUAUAACUACAGUGCCACUGUUCCUGAAUCAGUCGCUGUCAGGAUGAAGCAGGCUAUUUUUGUACUGUAUUAUUUAAGUCACUUUCUGAAGAUAUUCAUAGGGAAGAUUUACUGCUCAGUUACAUGUGUGUGUGUGUGAGAUUCCUUUUGUAAACCAAAUCUGUAAAAACUUGAAUUCUGUUACCAGAAUUGGAGCAUUGUUGCAUUUAUUAAAAAAAUUAUACUGUUUC